UCUUUCCCGGGCUACCGCACGAGACACAGCAACAGGGAAUGGCCAGGAGUCUGCGCUCAAAGGAAGCUUAUGCGCAUGCACACUCGACCACGCCUCCACUGUCUGCCACACACAAGAUGGCGGCAGAGAGGCCGGCGCCUUUACCCUUGGCACUUUUCCCCGGGCCACCAUGCUGGUGAGGGCGAGCACAGCGAUGCGGCGGGGUCUCCCUCGCAGCUUGUACUUUGGAGGCGAAGGAAGGGGGCUGAGCGGCAUAGAAAGAGGAGAAUUCAUGAAAGCCUGCAAGAAGAGCCCCACAUCCUGUUAGAAUGCGAUGCCAGUAUCCUGGACUCCCUUCAAAAGCAUUUGAAACUGUAUAAGAUCCGGAGGAAAGUAAACAUCAUGCCCUGUCCUGACCUCUCUUUGUGGGCUGUCAUUCCAAAGGAACAGUCUGAGGAGGGGACUGGUGAACUCCAACAAUGCCCCAGCAAGGCUGUGGUGGUAACGCCUGACCCCAGAGUGGCUGUUAUGGGCUGGAGGCUGAUAACCAGCAAAGGCACAGACCCACUAGAGGUUGUUCCUGGAAGCCAGAUUGGAAACAUGAAGGACUAUCAUAGGCACAGGUAUAAACAAGGCAUCCCUGAAGGUGUUAAAGAUCUACCUUCUGGAACAGCCCUCCCUUUGGAAUCCAAUUUGGCUUAUAUGAAUGGCAUCAGUUUCACCAAAGGCUGUUAUAUCGGCCAGGAGCUAACAGCUAGGACCCAUCAUAUGGGCGUAAUCCGGAAACGCCUCUUGCCAAUACAGCUUUCAACUCCUGUGCCUUCUGAGAGCAUCUUUGAGGGUGCUGAAAUUGUAUCAGAAUCAGGAAAAUCUGCUGGAAAGUAUCGGGCUGGCGUAGACAACCUUGGAAUAGCAUUACUGCGACUGGCUAACAUGAAUGAACCACUGCGUUUAAAAAUACCAGGUGAUUUACAUGCGAGUGUUACUGCCUCCAUCCCCAAAUGGUGGCCAAACCCUGCAAGUAAAUAAAAUAACUUUGUGCUGAAUAGCAUCUGCCUUACAUAUGGACGAUGCCUGUUGGGCUGAUUUAAAGUUCAGCCGGACUUACAUUGUCUCCUUUUCACAAAACACCAGGUCAUCUUAUGCAACGUAAUUCAUUUUAGUGAGGCUUGACGAGGAGUUCCUGGUUGAUUGUAUCCAUUUUCACACUGAUGAGCAGGGAAGACUAGAGUGGAGUGUAUGUGAUGGGUCUUCUUUUUGGAAAGUUCAUUUUCCCAUUAAUCUUUCUUAAAGACUAUUUUUUUUCUAAAUUUGCCAAACAGCCUUCACUUUCAUCUACCCCUUCCUUCCAGAAGAGUUCUGUUCAACAGAUGAAACAGUAGCUGAACUCUUGAAAACCCAGCCCAAGUUGCAAAAACCUUGAUUUACAGCACCAUGUUUAAGGAAUCCUGUGUGUACUCGUAUUGUCUUACAGUUGCAACAUCAGCAUAGACGUUUGCACCUGGAGAGACCCUUCUAAAUCCAUGCGUUGCUCCAGCUCCAAGCAAUCUAAGAGCCCUGCCAUUGGUAGUGACUCCCCCUCAGAUCAGUCUGAGCUUGUUUUUUUUUUCUAGUCAAAGAGAAAGAAUCCUCUGAUUUUUCUCUGUGGCAGCAGCUGGUUUUGCUGCAGUUGGAAGGGGACUGAGUAGGGAAAAAUAGUCGCUGCCAGAGGAAAACGUCAGAAUAAAUGUACGGUAUGAUUACAUAAUUAUUAAUCAGAGUGAAGAGAGUGCUAUAGUUGCAGAGACGCUUCUGAAUGGUGCCAGUACUGCUUUGGGCAGCACUGGAUUGUAUCUCUAGUCAUACUCAGAGUAUACCCAUUGAAAUCAAUGGACAAGAUUAACUUGGCUCCAUUAAUUACUAUGAGCAUGACUAACUUUGGAUACAGCCUAGUGUUUCCAUGGAAUUGCACGUUUUUAUUGGAUGUGAUAAAAUAUUUAUUGUAAUUUAUCAAUACUAACAAAGUCCCAAUCUAACCUCAAUGCCACAAGGAAUUAUGUUGAAGAGAAUAAUUCUGAAGUAAUACCUUUCCUUCUGCAAAAUAUGCUUUUGUUGAUCACUAGGGCGGCAAACGUUUAAAUUUUAAUUUAUCAGCUGUUCUUUUAUCUACCCACCCAUCCCUGAUGCUGUUAAUCAGAGAAGACAAAAGGAAAGGAAGUUUCUCUUGUUUGGGAUUUAAAUUUCCAGAACCGUUUUUGUAGUUCAGUCUAUCCUAGGCAAAUGUGUGGAUAUCUUGAAAAUAAAAAAAUAAGAAUUUCAAACAUAUUGAGUUGCAGCCCUAAUGGGUUUUGUUUACCUUUAUGGUUAGUUAGGAGAUAAGAGGGUUUAAAGCAGUUUAGGAAAAUAUUCAAAUUAAGAUAUUAGAAUUGCAUAGGAGAAGAAACACUUCCACAAAUGUUCUGCUUUAUGCAAUCCCCCCCCCGGGGUAGGCUCUGUGGUGUUUUUCCAUUCUGCACAGGGACCUGCAUCCAUGGGAAACUGGGGUGCAGGAGAAAAGAGACACUUCUAUCAGUUCUCGUACGAGCCGAUGAAUGAGACUUCCAAGUGCAGAGAAGCCUCGAGGUGGCUUUAUCAGCCAUAUUUGACAGCUGCUGCAGCCACCAGGAGGGACUGCUGCCCUCACUCACCCUUAUUCCUGCUUGGUCUCUUAAGCAAUAAAGGGAACAAGGAAGUUGCAGCUAGCCUCAGGGUGAGUAAGUAGAUGAGUGCAAUGUGGCAGAAAUAUCCAGCUGCAAGAUUCUAAAUGUAAGUCUCAGGCUGGGCACCAAGUUCUAGGUCACUUCUUUAGAAUCAGUUCAUAAUUCCCAUUCAGUGGGGAAUGCUUGUUCUGCAGUAGAUGAGGUGACAUGGCAGGCAAGUUCUGAUGUGACUUGCCUGCCAAGCUUGUGCCUUGGUUCCUUCCACUGAAGCUUUCUUCACUACUCCGGGGGCUGCUAGCAUCCCAGAUAUCAACUAUUCACAUCUCCUUUCAAUACAACAUUGAAAUAAUAUAAGGUCCCUGCAUGUUAAACAGUAGUGUAGUGGCAAAUUCAGAAGUGCAGGGCCCCUUCGUGUUAGUCACAGCCCUCCCUUUUUUGCUGCUGGGUUGAGAAUGAGGUCCUUGUUAGUGCUUUCUCUCACAACAACAGACAUUCCUAGGAGCCAAUAAGCCUGAAAGGGGGAAGUGUUAGUUACUGAGAAGAGUCUUCUCAGUGAAUAACUCACCUCCUUUCACUCUUGAUUGGCUCCAAUCAGCAGGAAAGGACAAGGAAGCAUGUUCUCUCAGUGGCUAACACUCUCUCCUUUCAUGCUGAUUGGCUUGUAGGGUGUUGGAGACAUAGGGACUCCAGUAAGAGCCUGCUCUCAAAAAAGUAAAGCAUCUAAGACCCUCCCGAGACCCCGGAGAACUGCACCCCUGAUGUUAAACCAACAUGAUGCCACCAUUUGUGUUAACAUGAGGAAAUUUGGCAGCUAGAAUGGAAACAUCUUCCAUUGUAGGAGAUCUUUCCUUCCUGAAAUCCAGCUGAUGAACGGGGCUGAUCAAAGGAUGCCAACUGUGUAUUACUGUUCAAUGUGCAUCCUAGAUUCUGAGAACUGCUACAGAGCCCAGUGCUUCAGGAAAUACUACACUCAGGAUUUUAAGCAGAGAUUAAAUUAUGUGUGGCUGUAGGAGCAAAUAACUUGAGUGCCUUUCAAAGGGACCCACUCUAAUACAGUUAAGAUAAGCCCUGAUAGCAAUAUCACUGGAAAAGGUACUUCAUACUGCCCUGAGGCAUUGCUGUAAAAUGUAAAAGUGGCAGUAAAAACAGGUGUGUGAUAUUUGACCAUAAAAAUCAUUAAACACUAUCAA